AACGCGUAGCUUUGUUGGGUGCAAAUUAUAUGUGAUACAUACAUAUUUCUCGAGCAAAUCUCUACAAAAAAAAAUUAGUACCCAAGUUUAACAAUAUAACAAUAUUUCACACUCAACCACAACCUAACCUAUGUGAUAAUAUAUUCAUGUGUGUUUAGGGAUGGGAUUAGGUGCCAACCCUUAUAGGGGUUAGCAUCGUGAUAACUAGCAAAAAACGCUACUAAAAAUAAUGAAAUCACUACGGAUUAUUAUAAAAUCAAUACAAAAUCUAAGCUAAAUCACUACUAAUUCAAACUAGUAGUAGUUUUUCCCUUGGUUAGGACGGUACUAACUAUUGUACAAUUAGCACCGUAACCGUUCCCGUGUGUUUAAAUAUAGUUAGUGGAAUUGCAAAACUCUUCGUUCAACAACAUUUUUGUGCAUGGCACAAGAGACUAAAUGUGUGAUGUUUUCUGUUCAUAGACUUUAUGUGAGGGUUUGUUUUCACAAGUAAACCUCUUUCAACGCUAUACUAAGCUCUACUGAAUUUGGGCUUCAUAACAAUUUUAGAUUGUAGAGUGCUGUGACUGGUUUGGAAUUGAGUGAAAUCAUAAAAAAUUAAUGAAUGGUAAGCAUAAUUAUUGGUUUCGUAUAAGGGUGGGGAAUGAUAGGAUGCCUAAAGCAUUAGUAGAAUCGCCUUUUUUAUUUGGUUCUGUAAAUUCUUUCAAAAGUAAAAACAAAUAAAAAACCGUUCUGUAAAUUCUUUCAAAAGUACAAACAAAUAAAAAACCGAUGAUAUCGAAACCAAAGUGAACUAAACUGAAUCAAAAUACACACUCGAUCUGACCCUGAUCCUGGUUUGUUUCAUGCCUUUCGGGGAGACUUAAAUGCAAAACAAAGAAGUACGAGGACUGAAUGUAUAAUUUACUAUCGAAAAUGGUUAUUACAAACAGUGGCGGAUCCAGGGGGUGGCCACGGCCCAACCCUCCUCUGGAUUCGAAGCUAGUAUAGUCCAUAUAAAUUUUUCGAUUUUGGAUAUACGAACUAGUGUUAUUUUAUAAUAAGAUUGUGUGUAAUUUGAAAAAAUGGUUCACAUGAACAUAUUCAAACCAAAACUUCAAAUUUAUCUUAGAAUUUCUAGGCGCAAUGAUUUUCUUAUAAAGAAACACAAUGAAACCUGAAAUUCUUAAAAGUCUAAAAACGUAAAAAGACAAAUAGAAAUAUGAGGUUUGUUCUCUUUAAAAAUUACUAGAGCAGCUGGUGAAAAUAUGAUUGCACACACAAUAAAAAUUGAUUAGUAAAUUGAUUUGUCUAGUGUUGACGUUGCUCAUUUCAGCGGCUACUACAGAAAAAAAAUUUUCAACAAUAAAACAUGUGAAAACUGAUUUGCGCAAUAAGAUGAGCGAUGAAUUUCUCGAUGAUUGCUUAACUAUUUUAUUUGAAAGAGAGUAUAUUAUUGGUAUGGAUGUAGACUCCAUUAUCGAUGAAUUCACUAUAUUAAAAUACAGUCGUGUACAAUAGAUAUUUAAAAAAAUCAAGGUUAUUUUUCUUUUACAGUAUCUCAUAUUUUUAAUGAAAUUCGGCCUAGUGCUCUACUAUGUUCUGGAUCCGCCGCCGAUUACAAAAAGCCAAACGGUCCGCAGACGAAAAAUCCUAGGUGCUAGAACCGUUGAAAUGUUGUGAAGAGAUCAGAAGCCGAGGAAAAAGAAUCCUAAAGUCGGCAGAAGUCAAGCCUUGCAAUCCAAAAUCCAGAUGAUGAACCGGAGACAAGAGGAAAAAAAAUGUGGGAAAGUCGUUUAAAAUAAUUUCUUUUCCUAUGCAUAGAUAGCCUUGCGCUUCUUGGAAGUAGUUAAUGACUUUCAGAAUUUAUAUGUGAUUUUUCAUAGAUCAAAAUAUAAUAAUAUAAUAGUCAAUUAGUAGGUAAGAGUCCCUCCUUAUCAUAUCUUUGGUAAGUUUUGACUCAUAAUUCUUGAUUCAGUAGUAAUAUCAUUAGUUUUAAACGUAAAGAUUUCAGGUUGGAAUAUGAGUAUUACCUCAAUAAUUGCUUGUUAAUUUGAGGCUCGACUCAUAAUUUGCUUGUUAAUUUGAGUUAUAUAAUGAGCAAAAUAAGGGAAACGAAAUACUUUCGUAGAACCGAUUAGAUUGAAAGGAUUUAAUUGUAAUGAAAUGAAGUAUAAGGAUCGAUUGUGCACUGUACAACUAGCUAGAAGGACCAAAUUGUUAAUUUAUUUAAUGAAAGAGGUAGCAACUUGCAAAAUCCCAUCUAAUUCCAAGUCAUAUUUCUCUCUCUUCUUCGUUCUCUCCCUCCAUCUCUGUCACCGAAGCUAUGGCUUUUCGACCUCUCGCUUCCAAAACGAGACCCUUCUUUUUCAGCUCUCACUUCCGCUUUCUCGCCUCUCUCGCCCCACAGACCUUCCAAACCCAGCCGUUGCCAGAGCUGGUAAGCGAGAUUUCCCGCCUUCUCAGCGACCAUAGGAAUCCGCACCACGAUUUGGAGCUCUCACUCCGCGCUUAUCGGCCGCAAAUCUCCGCGGAGGCCGUCGAGCAGGUGUUGAAGCGCUGCAGGAAUCUAGGGUUUCCUGCUCACAGGUUCUUCCUUUGGGCCAAGAGUAUUCCUGGGUUUCAACACAGUGCCCGCAGCUAUCACAUUCUGGUGGACAUUUUAGGAGGUAGCAGGCAGUUCGCUAUACUAUGGGAUUUCUUGAUAGAAAUGAGAGAUUCUCGUGAUUUUGAGGUCAAUUCAGAGACUUUAUGGCUUGUAUUUAGAGCUUAUAGCAGGGCUAACCUCCCGAAUGAUGCCAUUCGAGCUUUCGGCAGAAUGGCAGAGUUUGAUUUGAAGCCUGGGAUUAAUGAUCUCGACCAGCUUGUAUAUGCGCUUUGCAAACGCAGGCAUGUGAAGCAGGCCCAGGAUUUUGUUGAUAGUGUUAAGCAUGAGAUCGAGCCGACGGUGAAAACGUAUAGUAUAUUGGUGCGGGGAUGGGGAAACAUUGGGGACAUGGAAUCUGCUCGGAAGGUGUUUGAUGAAAUGCUUCAACGAGGGUGUGCAGUCGAUGUACCUGCGUACAACAGCUUGUUGGAAGCUUUAUGCAAGGGAGGGAACGUCGAUGAAGCGUAUAACAUGUUCCGAGAAAUGGGUUCUCGCGGAAUCCAACCUGAUGCUGGUAGCUAUGCGAUAUUCGUUCGUGCAUACUGUGAGGCAAAUGAUAUUCAUUCGGCUUUCCGGGUGCUUGAUAGAAUGAAAAGAUACAAUCUUCUGGCCAAUGUGUUCACAUAUAAUUUUGUCAUAAAGAAGCUCUGUAAGACGGAUAGAGUAGACGAGGCCUACCAGCUUCUUGAUGAGAUGCUGGAGAAGGGGGUUACUCCUGAUGCAUGGAGUUACAACGCGAUACUAGCAUAUCAUUGCGAGCAUUCAGAGGUCAACAGAGCUACCAACCUGGUUUCCCGAAUGGCAAAAGAUGGCUGCUUGCCUGAUCGGCAUAGCUACAACAUGGUGCUGAAAUUGCUGGUAAGGGUUGGUAGAUUCGACAGAGCAACCCAAGUAUGGGAGAGCAUGGAGGAGAACAAGUUUUUUUCAUCUGUUUCGACCUAUGCGGUUAUGAUUCACGGUCUGUGCAAGAAAAGGGGUAAGCUUGAAGAGGCAUGCAAGUAUUUUGAGAUGAUGCUUGAUGAGGGCAUUCCACCAUAUUCUUCCACUAUUGAGAUGCUGAGAAACCGACUUAUCGGGUUGGGACUAAUGGAUACCAUCGAGAUACUUGGUGGUAAAAUGGAAAGAAGCUCUUGUUGUUCAAUACAGGAGCUGGCUGCUGAAAUGAGAGGCCAUAAGAGUCAUGUGAUGUCCAGAAGGGAAGUGACAGAGUCUGAAGAGCUGAUGUGACGAGGACUUUCGGGAUAACUGGUAGAUGUGAAGGGGGCUGAAGUGUUGACGAUGAAGGAGACAUCUCAGAAUGUUUUCUAUGUCACAGAUGUACUGGGGAAAUUGGCGGAUGGGAAGAUAAUGGAGUAUGUUAGGGGAAAGAUAGGGUUCAGUUGCUUGCAGGUAAAGGAACUGCCACCCUGGUGUACCACAAGGAAGGUGGGGAGAGGGAUGGGCAUGCGGUUGCUGCGGGGAAGUUGGGAGAACAAUUAUCCAAUGUCUGUUAGCAACAAGGAAGGUCAAAAGAGCCAUGGCAAAUGAUUGGUUGACCGACAAUACCUCAGGCGCAGGCAAGUAUGUGAUUCUGUUUUCAAUUUAACUAGAUAAUAAAGCCCGUGCUACGCGACGGGUUUCAAUUUGUAAUUUGUUUAUCCUGAUAAAAAUAUAGAAUAAGAUCACGUCAAACAUAUUGAAAGAGCUAUCGGUGAGAAUCUUAAUCAACUACUUUGUGACGCUACAAAUGGUCGUUCUAUUCCGUCACUAACACAUUUAUAACUUAUAAAUGUUCCUUCCCCAAAAGAUACAAAAUCGAAUCGAACUCAUAAAGCCAAAUUACAACAGUUAACCCACAUCCAAUUCUAUCUCUUGUGGUUUUGGCAUCAAUAGUUUUGCACUAUCAGUAAUAGUAGAAAAUUUGUUACCUCUGAAUGAGUACGAUAGAAGUCCAUUCUUAUGUAACUUAUUUUGCUGAAUUGUUCGUUGUCGAUGUCCAUAUCCUCUGCAAUGGAAGAGGGAGGGGGGAGAAUUCCUCCCAAUCAACUACAUUUAAACUUUAAAGUAAAAGUAAACUUCUGUGGCAAUUGAUAACGUGAGCAAAACACAAAUCAUUCAUCUCACUUUUAGCAAGAGAGAGUACAGAGAGCUUUCCAAAGCUUCUUAUUAUACCAGUAUACUAAACUACUGUCAUAACCCUUAUUGAACCAAAGAAGAGUAUCUCAUAAUGUAGACGCAUAACAUAAAGCUUAGAACCGGUUCUUAUACAGAUUGAAAGCAAUUCAUAAUGUCAAUCACCUUAGCUACUCCCUCUUCUUCUAAAAUGACCAUUUAUAAAAUAUCUUUUUUUUUUUAUAUCCAGAAAAGACCCAACACCAAAUUGAGAAGAAUGACAUCAGGUGAUUGUACCUCCAGCAAACCAUAUUUUUAGGCUUCUUCCUUCCUGUCUAUUCUAGUUUAAACUCUAGGGAUCCAAUUUCUUAAAAUGGCUCGAUUAAUCUAAAAGGGUUAGGCUUCAUCCAAUAAAAGAAACUGGUUCAACCCCAUCUUCUGUGGACUCCCCUUCUAAUAUGUCAAAUCCGUUGAAUGAAACUGGAACAUAUUCCAGUGACGCUAAAGAAAGUCGUCAUGGAACUUGGACCUUAUAUGAACCUUAGAACUGGUUCUACUCUAAGCUGAAAUAAACCCAUCUUCUAUCAAUGCUCAUACACAUUCUGUUAAUUUACUACAACCUAAUAUGGAAGAAGAAAAACUUACUGAUGUCAAGAUAUGCUUGAUUCCUUCAUUAGACCUGUCCACCUAGAGCAAAGUAUGAGAGCCUUGGGAUUGCCAUCUUCAUCAAGUCAGAUGGUCAAUGUUCCCAGGAAUCCAGAAUAUAUGAAGCAUCCGUAUCACUCUAAGGUGUGACAUUUGUCUUCAAUGGCAGGACUGAUACUCCUGAAGAAAACAUAAUCUAUCAUGUUAGACCUUGUUCUCUUUCGGACUUAAUUCAUUACAUGAUCAAAUGAAAACUCAAAUGUACAAAAUUAGUGAACUGUUCUUCAUGCUACUUCAGUAGACCUUAGCAACCUAUUUGUUUUGCAUCAUCCUAAAAGCUAUUUUAAGGUAGGGGAUACGUUUUCUUUCUUUUUGUAAAUGAUAAAAAGGGGAUAUUUUG